AUGGCAACAUGCCUCCAGACACUUCGAAGCAGAGUGCGCCCUGACACCUUGAAGUGUUUGCAACGUGAUUUUGGCUCGCUCGCUGCCAAUCGCUCAAACCACGGCAAUAACAAUAACAACAAUAGCAACGGGGAGAAGAGGGACAAGCUGGAACAUCUGGACUUCUUCUUCGACGUGCUUAACGCAAGCGCUACGCGCAGAGACGCCAAACAAUACCUGGCCCGCUUCAAACCCACAAUCGACAAGCUCAAGAAACCACUCGUCAUUCACGAUGCAAAGGAAGAAAAGCAACAAUGGCAGCUUCAUCAGUCUGGUGUGAAUCUCGGACAACUAUACCUCCCUACACAAGCCGCUGCAGCCACACCGACAUUCUCACAACAUGUGGAGCAAGAAGCACUAGUUCAAAGAGGCGCUGGAGAGAUACACGUUGCUCUAGUCUGUCUGAGAGCUCCUCAUCUAAUCGACGACGAGACUCUAGACGGUAUUGCACUGACCAUGGCUCAAUUGGUCCGCCUCGAAAUGCAGAUCGUUCUCGUACUCAACUGUGAGGAUGAGGUCGUACAAAAGGAUGAGUCAUAUAAAGACGUAUAUCGACGACAAGGAGGCAGAAUUGUCGCUGCAUUAGAGCAACACAACAACGAAGGCGCUCGGUAUGUUGAUGCUGCGCUUAACGUCACCAGCCAGGAGCCCAUGCCAGCCUCGCGUCCAAAAGUUUUGGGAGCUGUGGAGCUUGGUGUACCCAGACUUAUAACAGAGCCGUUGAAGCGAAGUGCCAUUCCGGUCAUACCAGCUAUUGCUUAUGACUCGACUUGCAAGGUUCAGAACGUCUCUGUCGGCGGUGUUAUGCUGGCCUUAACACGCGCCUUGUCUGGGUUGGCAGCAGUCUCUGAUCCGACAGAUAAGCUGCUCGAGGACACUUCAGUGGACAGAAUAAUCAUGCUUGAUCCUCUAGGCGGUCUGCCUACCGAGACUCGACAGGACAAGGCCCACGUCUUUGUCAAUCUCGAGCAGGAAUACGACAUGAUUCGCGACGAGAUCCAGUCCUGUGGCAAGAGUUCGCACCAUCUCGAUACACUCAGUCUAGUCCGAGAUUGUCUGGCUUUGCUUCCUCCUGCUUCUUCAGCCUUGCUCAUAUCUCCUGAGGAGGCAGCCAUCUCUUCGCACCACUCUCGUAAGGAUCCAGCCAUUGGUAUCACGACUCGCCGACAGAAGAAUCCUCUGAUCCACAAUCUGCUCACCAACAAACCACUCAUUUCAUCUUCUCUACCCGCCGCUCGCCUUCCUACAAACGAGGUCGUACCCUCCAUGUCGUCCGAAAGUCCCACUCGAUCUACCCUCGUAAAGCGUGGUAUGCCUCUGAUGAUCGUACCGGACCUCAGAAAAACAGCCUGGACACCACCCACGCCCGGUCAACCCACAAUAGCCCUGGACAACCACCCAGACAUCAACUUCCCUCGCUUGGUUGCCUUGAUUGAAGACUCCUUCCGCAGACCUCUGGAUGCCCAGCACUAUCUAAACCGCAUCAAGAACCGUGUCGCAGGCGUCAUAAUCGCAGGGGAAUACGAAGGUGGUGCCAUCCUGACCUGGGAAGAGCCUCGCACCCUCGCCACCAAAAGCUCAGGAGGAAACGUAGAGCCCGGCCGCCUAGUGCCCUAUCUCGACAAAUUCGCCGUGCUCCAACGCUCUCAAGGCAGUUCAGGGGUGGCGGACAUAGUGUUCCAAGCUAUGGUGCGUAGUUGCUUCCCUGAUGGCGUGUGUUGGCGCUCGCGCUCCAACAAUCCAGUAAACAAGUGGUACUUCGAACGAUCGAGGGGAACAUGGCAUUUGCAAGAUACGCAGUGGACUAUGUUUUGGACGAACUCAGAUCUCGUGGCGGAUCAGGAGAGAUGGGAGGAUUAUGUCUCGGUGUGUAGGAACAUUGAACCUAGUUGGGCUGAUAACAAGGCCAAGCCGGAUUGA